AUGUCAGAACUACGCUUUGACGGCAAGACCGUCGUCGUUACCGGUGCCGGAGGUGGCCUCGGUCGUGCUUAUGCCAAGUUUUUCGGGAGUAGAGGAGCGAAUGUCGUUGUGAAUGAUCUUGGUGUCACGGCGAAGGGGGAGGGGAGGAAUGCGAAGGCCGCUGAUGUCGUUGUCGAAGAGAUUGUCAAGGCAGGAGGUAAGGCAGUAGCCAACUACGACUCAGUCGACAACGGCGACCGCAUCAUCCAAACCGCCCUCGACACCUACGGCUCCAUCCACAUCCUCAUCAACAACGCCGGCAUCCUCCGCGACGUCUCCUUCCGCAACAUGAAGGACGCAGACUGGGACCUCAUCCAAACCGUCCACGUCCGCGGCUCCUACAAAUGCGCAAAAGCCGCGUGGCCAAUCUUCCGUAAACAGAAAUACGGACGCAUUAUCAACACGACGAGUGCGGCGGGGUUGUAUGGGAGUUUUGGGCAGACGAAUUAUUCGGCGGCGAAGUUGGGGUUAGUUGCGUUUUCGAAGACGUUGGCGAAGGAGGGGGCCAAGUAUAACAUCAAUUGUAAUGCGAUUGCGCCGAUUGCUGCGUCGAGGAUGACGGAGACUGUCAUGCCGCCUGAGGUCCUUGCAAACCUUAAGCCUGACUGGAUUGUUCCGCUUGUUGCGUACCUCGUUCAUGACUCCUGCUCCGAGUCUGGACAGGUCUUCGAGGGUGGUGCUGGAUUCUUGUCCAAACUUCGUUGGGAACGCGCUUCUGGAGCUCUUCUCAAGACAGACGAGACUCUCACCCCGAGCGCCGUCUUGGCCAAGUGGGACCAAGUCACCGACUUUAAAAACCCAACAUACCCCGAUUCCAUCACCGACAUCGACUACGUCGGCAUGCUCGAAUCCGCUCAGAAACUUCCUCCGAACGCACAAAGCAAGGAGCCUGUCGACUUCAAAGACAAGGUUGUCCUUGUCACCGGCGCAGGGGGUGGACUUGGUCGUGCGUACGCUGUCCAGUUCGCCAAACUCGGCGCCAAGGUCGUGGUAAACGACGUCAUGGACCCCUCCAAGACCGUUUCUGAAAUCCAGGCAAAGGGCGGCCAAGCCGCCGGUGACAAGCACUCCGUCGAAGACGGCGAAGCCGUCAUCAAGACUUGUCUGGAUAACUUUGGUGCGAUUCACGUCGUAAUCAACAACGCCGGAAUCCUCCGCGACAAAUCUUUUGCCUCGCUGACGGAUAAGCAGUGGGAUGAAGUACAGGCAGUCCAUCUCCGUGGAACGUACAAGGUCACUAAAGCUGCUUGGCCCCAUAUGUUGAAGCAGAAGUAUGGACGUAUCGUGAACACUGCUUCCGCUGUUGGACUUUACGGAAACUUCGGACAGGCGAACUACUCUACCGCAAAGGCCGCUAUCCUCGGGUUCUCCAAAGCCCUUGCUCGUGAGGGCAAGAAGAACAACAUCUUGGUGAACUGUAUCGCGCCCAACGCUGGUACCGCAAUGACCAAAACCAUCCUCCCACUCGAGCUUGUAGAGGCGUUCAAACCCGAAUACGUCGCCCCCUUCGUUGCCGCGCUCUCCCACGCUUCUGUCCCUUGUACCGGGUAUCACUUUGAAGUCGGAAGCGGAUGGAUGGGUAGGGUUCGUUGGCAGCGUACGGGAGGCGUUGCGUUCCCUGUUGAUGGGGGGUUGACGCCGGAGAUGGUCGCGGAGGCGUGGGAGAGGAUUUGCGUGUUUGAUGAGAAGGCGACGUGGCCUGAUGCGCCGGAUGAGGGUGUAAGGGCUAUUUUGGAGAAUAUGUCGAACACGGGUGGAAAGGGUGGCGCGAGUGGAGUAGGUGCAAGUACGGGUGGGGAUGCGCAGGAUGAGGUUACGAAGAAGGCGCUGGCCUUGAAGGGGCAGCCGCAUCAUUACAAGUUUGAUGAGAAGACGCUCAUUUUGUACAACCUCGGUAUCGGGGCUAAGCGCACUGACCUCAAGUGGACUUUCGAAGGUUCUGAUGAUUUCGAGGUCUUGCCCACCUUUGGUGUCAUCCCUCAAUUCGGUGCUGGUCUCAGCCCCGGUGACUUUUUGCCCAAGUUCGACCCGAGGAUGUUGCUUCACGGUGAGCAAUUCUUGGAGAUCAAGAAGUUCCCUAUCCCGACAAGUGGCGAGCUCGUCACUGAGCCCCGUAUCUUGGAGGUUGUCGACAAGGGUAAGGCUGCGACGGUUGUUGUCGCUACGACCACCAAGGACGCGAAGACGGGUGAGGUUGUGUUCGAGAAUCAGAGUACGACUUUCAUCCGUGGCUCGGGUGGGUUCGGUGGGAAGAGUAAGGGUGCAAACCGUGGUGCUGCGACGGCGGAGAACAAGCCGCCGGGUCGUGCGCCUGAUGCCGUGGUUGAGGAGAAGACCAGUCCGGAUCAGGCUGCGGUUUAUCGUUUGUCGGGUGAUUUCAACCCACUCCACAUCGAUCCUAGCUUCGCUUCUGUAGGUGGGUUCAAGGAUCCUAUCUUGCACGGCCUUUGUUUCUUUGGGUUCUCUGGAAAGCACAUCUACCAGAAGUUCGGUCCGUACAAGAACAUCAAGGUUCGUUUCGCUGGUGUUGUCUACCCUGGCGAGACUCUCCGUACCGAGAUGUGGAAGGAAGGAAACAAGGUCAUCUUCACGACCAAGGUUGUCGAGAGGAACACUGUCUGUAUCUCGUCCGCUGCCGUUGAGUUGUUUGAUCCCUCCGAGGUCAAGAAGGAGACCAAGCAAGCCGAGGUCAAGGAGGGCGAAGUCGAAGUUCCUGGAUUCAUGGCCAGCAAGGUUUUCAGCACCGCGAAGAAGCAGUUGGAUUCCGCUUCCAAGAAGGAAAAGGAUGCGAAGCUGAAGAAGGCCGCUGCUGUUUUCCAAUUCGACAUCAAGAACGACGAGGGCAAGAUCCAGUCGUGGUACAUUGACGCCAAGGAAACCGGAAAGGUCGCUGCAGGGAAGGCUCCUAAGGCUGACGUGACCAUUUCCGUCGCGGAUAAGACCUUGGUUGACCUCGCUACCGGCAAGGCGAAUGCGCAGAAGUUGUUCAUGAGCGGAAAGAUUAAGAUUAAAGGUAACAUGAUGAAGGCUGCCAGCAUUGGUGAUCUCAUUGGUGGACCGAAGGGGAAGAUGUAA